AUGCACCCCUUUUCACUGCUGGAACACUCUGUAGAUGCCGCACUCCAGCACAGAUUAGAUAUCAUCAAACAACAACAAGAAAAAGAAAAAGAUGAAAAUGAUGAAAAUGAUGAGAUUGAAGUACUUGGACAGUCUUCUAUUUCUCCUGUAUGGUCUUACGCAACGCCUCCGGCAAAGAGACAGAGAGAAAUUCUAUUCCCACAUCAUCAUACAAUAACAGAAACAACAACUAUCGAUGCGAAUGAAGAUCAGGACGAUAUUGAACAACUCCUGCGUGAUGCAUUUUCACUUGCAGCUAGUCAUUCUGCAGAAGAGAAUGAAAUCAUUAAAUUAUCCUUUACACAAAGUAGUGAGAAUAUUUAUCGAGAUGCUAUGCUGAGAGCCUACCACUUGUAUGGAGAAAUAGAGAACUGUUUUGAUGAUUCUGAUAAGGACUUUCUUGAGAGAUGUUGUAGUUCUGACAACAAGAAGAAGAAGGAGAAACGCCCUGUAGACUUAUCCACUGCGUUGAUGGAGUUAUUAGAGUCACCAGCUAUGCAAAGAGAGAGAGAGAGAAAGAGAGAGAUGAUAUGA